AUGUUGGCUGCCAUCACAUUUAAUGUGGCUACAUCCCUAGAGCCAUGUGCUAAGUAUGGGCAGCCACACAUGGGAGUCAAAUCAGCUCAGGAACUUAUAAAGAUGAACAAAAGUCAAGCUUUCCAUCAAGAAACCAUACCAAAGCAUGUAUUGGGCAGCUGGAGCAGUUGGCAAGUAUGGGCAGCUGGAGCAGUUGGCAAGUGUGGGCAGCUGGAGCAAGUGGCAUGUAUGGGCAAAAGGGAGCAGCUAAGAGAGGUGUGCUUCACCAGCCAAAGGGGAGGAUGA